AUGGUCUGGUGGAUAAAAGCGAAGCCUAGUGAAGCUCCAGCACGAGGUUUACUUGAACAUGUUCGAGAACGACGAAUUACUGUUGUAACUGUGCAAAAUAAUCGACUUCAAGUUGAUCGACAAGACGAUCCAAACAAACCACUUACUCUUGUUCAUUUAAUUCGUCUAUUUCGUUGUUCUCAUUGUACUGGCAAAGAGAUGAAUGGAUUGAUUCAAUUACUCACGGAAUGUAUCAAUUUCAAUGAGAAUAAUGCUGUUGAUAUGCGUAGAUAUCUCGUUCAACCGACCUUUUUCGAAGCAAUUUGGCGAAUCUAUUUCGAUCCGUUAAUAAUCGAAAGUGCUCAAAGUACAGAUCCUAACGUUUGUAUUAAAGCUAUUAAUCAAUUAGCAUAUAGAUCCAAACAAAAACUUAUUGUAAAGUGGACUGAUGGUCGCGAAGAUGAAUGCAAUGAUGGAUGUGCUCAAGCACGUCUACGUGUUAAGGAUCUUGUUCAUAAAGCUCUCGAUGCUUGUCAAGAUUCAGAAGAACUUAUUAGUUUAUUAAAAACUAUGAGUUUAACAAGUAUAAAAGCUAUUCAUAUAUUUUCAGUAUGGCUUGAACUUUUUCAUUAUUUAUUGGAAUUAAAAUUAAAACUUUUCGGUAUUGAAAUGUGUGAAAUUAUAUUCGAUCGUUUACAACUUCUUGAUAUGAUUGGUUAUGAAAAACAAUUACAACAAUUUAUUAUUGAUCUAUUCAAUAUUUGGCCAACUAUACAAGAUGAUAAAUUAAAUAAAUUUGUUUUAAAUCAUUUUGUUCAAUUUAUACAAAGAAUUAUUGAUUGUAAAACAGAUGAAUCAAAUAUUCUUAUUGAACAAUUAACAGAACAUAUUUGUGCAAAUACACCAGUUUCUAAUGUACGUGGUCAUAUGUGUUUUUAUUUUCUACUUAAAGAAUUACUUCCGAAAUAUUGUGAAGCAUAUUUAAUAAAAGCAAUUAAAAAAAUUGAUAAAGGUGUUAUUUUAUAUUAUAUUGAUUAUGCCAUUGAAAAUAAUCAAAAUGAUAUAUAUGAUCAUUGUUCAAUUUUAUUAUCAAUUUUGGAUCAUAUAAGUACAUUUACUGAAAUUGAUUUACUACGUCCACUUAUAACUUAUACUAUUAAAUAUCCAUUAAAUUUGAUUUGUUUUGAACUUAUUAAACAUUCACUUUGUCCAAUAACAACAUUAGUUACAUAUGUUCAACAGGCAACUCAUGAACAAGUAAGUGAAUUAAUUGAAUGUAGUGAAAUAGAUAUUGCUAAACAAUUCAUUCCAACUCUAUUAACAAUUAUUGAAGCAUUAGCAAAAAAUUCACAAACAGAAAAAUAUAUAUUUGACUCUAGACUUUAUUUGAUUAUUCAAAAAUGGUUAUUAAUUAUUAAUGUUCCAUCAAUAAUUAUUCGUCUUAUUGAAUUACUUCUCGAUAUUGGCUAUUCAAAAUAUAAUAAAUAUAAUACAGAUAUUGCAAAUUUUUUUCUUAAUCAAUAUUUAACUAAAUUUCUAUCGAUUAAUUUCGAAAAUCCUAGUCGAUUGUCUCGUAUUGUCUUAUUUCUUGCUUCAUUUGCUGAUAUUGAUCCAUCGACAACGAUUAGAUGUGAGCCAUUAUUCAAAGCUUUUUUUCGUCAAAUUGAAGAAUCAACUAAUAAUGAAUCGAUGGAUUCAUGUAAAUUUCAUUUGCUUAGUCUUAGUAAUGAAAUUGUCAAAGAACGAUCACGUUCAAAACUUGUUGAAUUACUCUCACCAUUUACAUUGGAUAUUAUACCUAUAUUAGGUCAUACUGGUGAAUUAAAACGAGCUGCUAUUAUUUUACUUGCUGAAAUUUUAGAAUUAUCACCUAAUGAACGUUCUGUACUUGAUGAACUUAUUGAAAAUCAAUCCAAUGAUGAUCAAUCAAAUGAUGUUCUCAUUGGUGAUCAACGACAGCAAGCAUCAUUUUUUUCAACUGAACUUACCAGUACAUCGGAAAUUGUUCGAAUAGGACAUGACGAUUUUAAUCAUGGACAUAAAUUGUUAACAGAUUUAAAAAGUGCUGAAUCACAUAAAAUUGAUCAUAUAUUACGAUCAUAUAUACCACAUCUUCAUUUCGAUCAAUCAUCUCCUAUUAUCGAUCACAAACAACCAAAAGAUCGUUUAAUUUUAACAGCAACAGCACGCGAAAAUGUAACUAAAGUUCUUGAAGUACUUGAUGAUCCCGUUCCGAUUUUACUCGAAGGUAGUACUGGUGUAGGAAAAAGUGCGACUGUUAUGGAAGCAGCUAAAUUAUCUGGUCGUGAACUUAAACGUUAUAACAUGUCGUCGCGUAUAUCUAUUGAUGAUUUACUUGGUAAAGUAACAAUUGUACCAGGUGAACAAGGUCAAUCAGUACAAUUUAAAUUUGAUAAUGGCCCAUUUACAAUGGCAUUUAUAGAAGGAUAUUGGAUGCUUUUUGAUGAACUUAAUCUAGCACAAGAUACUGUACUUCAAGCUAUUGAAUCAGCUCUUGAUAGACGUCAAUUAACUAUACGUAAUGGAAGUUCAGCACAACAAUCUGUUGUUGUUUAUCAUAUGCAUGAAAAUUUUCGAUUAUUUGCAACACAAAAUCCAAAUACAGGCUUUUUUAAAAACAAACGAGAAAAAUUAUCACCAUCAUUUUUAAGUCGAUUUCGACCGCUUAUCUUCAAAGAAUUACCUGAUAUUGAAUGGCGUGAAAUAGCUCAUAGAAAAUUGUUGCCCUAUCUAUUUGAUGAAGCCGAAAGUUUAGCUGAAUUAAUGGUUUCAAAUUUUAAUGCUAAAAUUAAGAAAAUGUUAAAUAAUGAGGAACAAACAUUAAUUGAAAUGGGACCCUAUGCCGAAAUUUCCAUUCGUGAACUUCUUAAAUGGAUUGAUUUAAUUACUUGGCAAGCAGAAAAUAAUUUAUGGCCUUCGGAUGGAAUUCAACGAACAGCUUUACUUAGUUUUAGUGCUUGGUGUGUAUACGGUGCUCGAUAUCGUCAUGUAGGUCGAACUCUUGUAGAAAAAAUUUUAACAGAUGAUGGUAAAGGUGGUUGGGGUAGUCCAGCAUUAAAUGAUAUUAAAUUUACUGUCGAUCAUAAACAAAAUAAAAUCUUUUUUGAUAAUGUUCAAUGUUCAAUACGUCUCAAUUCAUCUAUUGACGAUUCUGAAAAUGAAUGGAAUCGUAUUAUAAAUUCUGCUGAACUUAAAAAUGUCAAAUAUGAUAAAAACCUAUGGAAUUUAGCAAUUCAAACUCAUCAAGCUGUUCAUAAAUUAAUGCUCGAUAGAGAAUUCAUUUAUACACAUGCUGUCUAUCGUAUUGAUCGUUCUUGGUUAGAAGAAUGGAUUAUAUCAGCUGCACAGUCUCAUCGACUUGAAAAACAUGAUGAAUUUGCUAUACAUGGUUGUCAAUUAUAUGAGAAUCAUGUUCGUCAUACUGAAGCACAAACAAAAAUUCGUUCAUGUUUUACAAAUAUAUUCAAAAAAGUUGAUUUUACUAAAAUAACUUUCAAAGAUUGUUUAGUACAACCAGAAAUACCAUAUGUUCUUACUAAUCGAGCAUUGAAAACACUUAAACAAGUAUGUUUUAAUCGAACUAUUAAACAACCAAUUCUUGUUACUGGUCCUGAAGGUUGUGGAAAAUCUGAACUUCUAUUAACACUAGCAUGGUUUUGUGGACAACAAGUACAACAAUUAAAUAUUACACCAGAAACUGAACCAUCAGCUUUAAUUGGUCAACUUAUUCCUAAUGAUAAUAGUGAUAAAAAUGAACAAAAUAAAGAUAAAAACUUAAUUUGGCAAAAUGGCUCGGUAACAACUGCAUAUACAACUGGUCAAUGGGUACUUUUAGAUAAUUUAAGUGUAGCUGAAUCGUCUGUACUUGAACGACUCAAUCCUGUACUCGAACAAAAUCCAAUGUUGUGUUUGACAGAAAAAGGAGAAACAAACAAACAAAAAAUGCAUUCAGAUUAUCAAAUGGUUGCUACAAUGACACCACCUGAUGGUCGUCAACAAUCACAUGGUAAUGUUAGUGGUGCAUCGAGUGAACUUUCACCAGCACUUUACAAUCGUUUCGGCAUUGUUCAUAUGAUGGACAUAUCAUUUAGUGCAACUGAUAAUUCAUCAGAAAUACUUCAAAUUGCUAAAGCUCUUCUAUCCGAUGAACCGGAUACUGAUCAUGAAUUAGCUGUAAAAUUCUGUCAUAAAAUUCUUGAAUUCUACAAAAGUAACAAUAGAAGUUUUCCAAAAUUUACUCUACGAAAUAUUAUUCGACUACUUGAUAGUGCUUAUCUUUUACGUUUAAAAUUUAAAUCUGAACUCAAUUUUAUUUCAAGUCUUUGGACAGCUUAUCAUGUUACAAUUGCAAAUCAAAUUAAAAAUGAUGAUCUUAAAAAUGAAGUUACUAAACAUGUUAAAGAAUUAUUAUUGACUAGUAAAAAAUCUACUGAACUUAAACAACCUAAUUUUAUUGAUCAAAUUAAUCCAAAUAAAGAACAUAUUUUGACUAAUAGUCGACUUAAUUAUGCUAAUUCAGUUUUAGGUGCUGUAGCUUGCAAAAUUCCACUUUUACUCGAAGGCCCAGCAGCAGUCGGCAAGACAGCACUUAUUUCACAUUUAUGGAAACAUAUGAAAUCACCAAAUAAUAAUAUGACAUCAAAUCUAUCUUCAGUAAAACUUGCACGUGUUAAUAAUACAGAUACAACGACUAUACAAGAUUAUUUCGGUACAUUUCUACCAGUUAACAAAGAUUUUGUAUUUCAAGAAGGUGCACUCUAUCGAGCUAUGAAAAAUGGUUGGUGGUUUCUUGCUGAUGAAUUCAAUUUGGCAGAUCCAUCUGUUAUGAAUACUCUUUUUCCAUUAUUAGAAGGUAAAAAUUCUAUUGCUAUACCAUCAAGUGGAAAAGUAAUAAAAGCAAGACCUGGUUUUCAUUUUUUUGCUACGCAAAAUGAUGCAUCCUAUGCAAAUCGUCAUCAAUUACCUGUUUCAUUACGUAAUCGUUUUCU